UUUCCUUUUCAGUGCAAAACGGGAUCUUUCUUUGUGCUCCAGUUUUCUUUAUCUGUGCCUUCGUUCUUUUCCCUCGUAUCCCGGGAGGCUUUGGCCGGACACCGAGCAUCCUCUAACGACGUCGCUGUCCCCCUGUGUUCCUUAACCCUUGUCCCAGGGGGUCGUGUCUCGACGUCUCGUCCUUUUCCCCCUGCUUCCCUGACCUUGAUUUCGCCGAGAUUUUCCUCCUCCUAUUUUCGCUGUUUUGUUCCGUGUCUUCGUUCGUUGGGCAAACUUUCAUGUCGGCGCCUUCUUGCCCCCCAUAUCGCCGACACCUUCCCAGAACACUGCCUCGCAUGUCUUGCUUGGAUAGGUUCGUCCCGUCGUUAAUUCUUCUCCACAGGGGCUUCUUUUCCAUGUAAAAAACAUUUAGCGUCACUCGUUUUCGGCCGAGAGAAGUGCCUUCCUUCUUUGCAUCUUCUAACGACCACCCCGUGAAAGAAACAUCCCGUGUGCCUCUCACUGUGCUGGCCUUGCUGAGAGGACACCUGCCAUUUAUUUCGUCACUUUUCCAGGCGGAGAGAGAAAACACCUGGAGACAUUCCUUCCUCUUUCGACUUCUGCCUACCAAAUCAUUCUGUCCGACUUCUUGUCCUGUUCCUUCUGGCGAGAAGGCGCCUCAAGCUCGCUUUUCUCUGGAAAAAUGACGAUGGAAGGGCAGCAAGACCUCACCGUCAUCCCCCCUCUCUCUCAUCAAGAUGCAGACCGAAGAUGGGCUGUCCAACUUCGUGUCUACGAUAUCUCCAGAGGAAUAGCCCGGCAAAUGUCGCCGCUUCUUCUUGGGCGUCAGAUCGAUGGCAUAUGGCACACUGGCGUCGUUGUGUAUGGAAUUGAAUACUUCUAUGGAGGCGGCGUGUGCACUCUUCCUCCUGAGGAAGUUGAACGAGAUUACCAGAUGCAGCCCACGUGUGUCGUCAACAUGGGUUUUACCACCAUCGACAAAUCGACCUUCGACGCAUUCGUCGAGCAGAUUUCGCCGCGGUUCACAGCCGCGACAUACGACCUUCUCAACUGGAACUGCAACCACUUUACGACAGAGCUGACACAGUAUCUGCUGAGCAAACCGAUUCCGGAUUAUAUUCGGUUCCAAGUCCAGGAAGUGGCGCAGACCCCGAUGGGCAGGAUGAUUUUGCCGAUGCUGCAGAGGCAGCAGCAAGACAUUCAGCGCGUGGCCGCUGCGAUGGGCCGGCGAACGCUCUGGACUCAGGGCGAGUCUCCCCAGGCCGUGGCUGCUUCGCCAGCCUCGGAAACUUUCUCCCCACCGGACAUCUCGAGUCCGCUCGCGACGGUGCUCGGCCGCGUGUGUACGAACAGGGAGCUGGCGCGGAGCACCAAGAAGGUCUUUCUCCUUACGCUCUUGACGGUGGUGAGCAACUUGUUGAAGCCCGAGCGCGACUCGAAGUUUCUGCGUUUGCGCCGCAGCAACCAAGUCAUCCAGUCGAAGGUUCUACGCAUCCCGGGGGGCGAGGAGGCGCUGGAGCUGCUUGGCUUCGAACUCCUGAGGGGCGGAGAGCCUCUAGGAGCCCGGCCUGGCGCGGCGGAGGCGCCCGGAGGGGACGCGAACGCAGAAGACGAGUUCGUCUUCACGCUGUUCAGGGACCCGACAACAGAGGCGAACGCUGUAGAGAAGUUAAACGUGCAGAAAACCGAGAUUCAGGCUUUUUUCGAUGCACUGGAGAGAGCAGGAGGCGCCACCACUCCAAGCGCUGCUUCCUCGGGUGCAGGAGACAGUGAUGGUGGUCGGAGCGCGACUGCUGUUCAGAGCCCGGAGGAAAAAUUCAAAUUUCAACUGCAACAACUCGAGUCAAUGGGGUUUCCAGAUACCCAAAAAAACAUCGAAGCCCUGCAAGCUGUCAAUGGAAACUUGAACGCGUCGAUUGAUCGUCUUCUCAGCUGAGAGGGCCGCGAGUCGACUUCGCCUAGAGUCUCCGGAACUUCUGUGCAUCUGCAGCGCUUCGGUGAACGAUGAGAAGAUUUGUUCGAUUCCUCGGAGUGACAGUCGACACAUCACGGGAAGUAAUAAAAUGCUUGCAUGCACUCAGUGAAGCCACAAAAAGUAGAGUGCCUCAAACAAGGCGGUGUCAGAAAAGCACGCGACCACGACACGCCUUUUGUGCGACUCCCGGGUCCUUGCUGGGCAAGCCUAGCCGACCUCUUGCAAAGAGAGCGAGAGUAGGGAGCCUCGCCGCGAGUUUUCUUUUCCAGGCCUCCGGCAGAAAUAUCAGAAGCGACGCAAAGGGCGAGAAUUGCUCAUAAACAGUAGAUGCGCGCCGAGCAUCAUCGCAUCGAGGUGCUUUUGGCAAGUCGGUGUCAUUUUCAAAUGGAUUUUUGUUUCCAAGGGCAUCACGUGGGUACCUGUGCAUCGUUUAAAUAUGGAAGACAACCCUCGCGGGUUGGGAAGAAUGCUGUACUGUGUAAAAGAAGUCACGACUGCCGCGUUUUGACCAGAAACCGUAGGCCAUGUUUACUGUAUGCACAUGCGUUUUUCGGUCCAUCAGUCCAUGCGUUCAGCUGCACAAGCGUCUCGCAUUGCUGUGGAGAAGUUGUGGGUUUCAAUGACCGUUUGAGGAACAAUGUUUCCUUUCGCCGGUGGUACAAAGAGGAUCACGCGGGAUUUUCGUACGAGUUGCUUUCACAAGUCUACGUGCUGCUGAGGCUGCAGAACCUUGACUUUACAAGGAUGUACUUUCCUUUUGAAGCGACUCUCUUAGCAAGAA